CCCAAGGCCACCACCAUCGCGAGCGUCGGCCGACGCAACGCAGAAGCUCGAGCGAUAGAGAGAUUGAGGAGGAGGUGGGAUUACGACGCUGGAGGGGCUGGAAUUGCGAGCUUUGCAAUCGAUUCUACAGCGAGUGGAAUAGAAGGGACCCAGUUGAGUGACGAAGCGAAUCUGUGAGGGGAGAAGUCAUGGCGGUGCUGGAAAGUGGUAUGUUGCGGGGGCUAUGGCAAACCCCGGCAACGAAUAUGGGUUCCGUGUUGAGGACGUCGCAAAAGUUGCCGAGAGCGAGGCCAGCGAGGGUGACUAUGGGAUUGGGUUUGAAGCAUCCUCAUUCGCCCAAUGACCCUUUUCUUGCCAAGCUUGCGGCUGCGGCAUCCACUGAGAUGGGAAAGGCUCAAUUGGCUGGCGCCAGGAGUGAUUCUGAUGGACCUCCGUUGUUAGACAUUCUGACGAACCCGGUGAUGAUGGCAGCUCCAGCUCAGGUGGAGAGGACAUCGGGCUACAACGAGCACAGGCCCCGUCGACCACCCCCGGAUCUUCCCUCGUUGCUCCUGCAUAGCAGAAUUGUGUACAUUGGAAUGCCUCUUGUGCCUGCAGUUACGGAGCUAGUGAUUGCUGAAUUACUUUACUUACAGUAUGCUGACCCUCGGCAACCUAUUUAUGUGUACAUUAAUUCUACUGGAACCUCUCGUGCUGAUGGUGAAACGGUUGGCUUGGAGACAGAGGGAUUUGCAAUUUAUGAUACCUUGAUGAACGUUAGGAAUCAGAUUCAAACCGUAGCAGUAGGUGCUGCCAUUGGACAAGCAUGUUUGCUUUUAGCAUCAGGGGACAAGGGCAUGCGCUACAUGAUGCCUCACGCUACAGCUAUGAUCCAGCAACCUAGAUUACCGUCGACUGGCCAGAUGUCUGCCAUCGAUGUUCAUAUCAGAGCUAAAGAGUUGAUCAAUAACAGGGAUACACUUGUUGGGUUACUAGCAAAACAUACUGGCAAUCCCUAUGAGAAGGUUGCUAAAGUGAUGCAGAGGCCUUUUUACAUGAAUCCUAAGAAAGCAGUGGAGUUUGGUGUUGCUGAUAAGAUAUUGUGGCGAGGCCAAGAAGCUAUGGCCGAGACGAUGAAGACAGAGGAUUGGGACAAGGGCGCAGGCAUCCGUGUCGUGGAGCGUUCUGCAUCUAAUGGGGCUGGAGACUCAGGCCUUGGUUAAUCCUUCCAUUUGUCAGCUUAGAUAGUGACAAGCUGCUAGUAGUUUGUUUAGGUACAGAAACUAACUUGAAGCGUCUUCUUGUAUCAACGAAGUACAAACGAAGCAAUGGGAUGCCAUUUGCAAGGACUUUUCUAAUUUACCUCUCGGACUGUGAGAUCAGGACUGUGUUCACUUGUUGGUGGAUUUGUUUCCUGUUUGCUAA